AUGACCGCAGAUGUUGCUUACUACACCUGUCUCUAUAUCACUGCGUACAAUGGCGACCACAUUUACUUGAUCAGUGGACAUUUGCCAACUGAUUUGCGCCCGGAUGCCGCACCCGCUAUGAAAGACCCUAGAGGCGCCGUGCGUAUCGUGGAAGUAGGACCGCGGGACGGCCUACAGAACAUCAAAGACCAUGUGCCAACGUCAGUAAAAAUCGAGUUGAUUCGACGACUCCGCGGAACGGGUCUGCGAACCAUCGAGUUGACGUCGAUAGUCUCCCCUCGAGCGGUUCCACAGUUAUCGGACUGUCGAGAUGUGCUGCGCACGGAAGUUAUCAAGUCACUGAGGGAGGAACCUAAUAUCCGUCUUCCGGUAUUAGUUCCUAAUAUGAAGGGUCUGGAUAUAGCACUCGAAUAUGAUGUAAAGGAGGUUGCGGUCUUUAUCAGCGCCACAGAAGGGUUUAGUAAGGCCAACAUCAACUGCACUGUGCAGGAGGGUUUAGAAAGAGCGAGGAAUAUUGCAGAGAAGGCUACCAGCUGUGGCCUGACUGUCAGGGGAUAUGUAUCGUGUAUAUUUUCCGACCCUUUUGACGGCCCGACUGCGCCAUCCGCAGUGCUUCGCUGCGUGAGGGAGCUGCUCGAGAUGGGAUGCUAUGAGGUUAGCCUUGGGGAUACACUAGGUGUCGGCUGCCCCGAUAAAGUAAGAAGUCUUUUGACGUAUCUGGAGGAACAUGACGUCUCUCUCGAGCUGCUGGCGGGCCAUUUCCACGAUACAUACGGUCAAGCUGUAGCCAACACCUGGGAAGCAUAUAACUGUGGUCUUCGUGUGUUUGAUAGUAGUAUCAGCGGCUUGGGAGGUUGCCCUUAUGCACCGGGCGCCAAGGGAAAUGUUGCCACGGAAGACCUAGUAUACAUGUUUCACAAUGCGGGUAUUGACACCGGCCUUGAUAUGCUCAAGCUGGUCGAAACUGGCCUGUGGAUAUCCACAAGAUUGUCAAGAGAGAAUGCAAGCCGGGCUGGAAUAGCGCUCGCGAAUACCCACGGACUGGCCUGCUAA